AUGCCAUGCACUCCAUAUAUUAAAGGAGAACACUUCACAGCAAUUCGCUGGGGAGAUAUGAUGGUUUUUGAAACAUAUCUACCUCCAAGCCUGGAUAUAGGGGACUUCGAAGAGGCCAUUAACGAAUUGGAGAGGGAGAUCCAACAAAUAACAAAUAAACCGAUCUUCAUAGCGGGAGAUUUUAACUCCAAGCCGGACAUGUGGCAAUCCCCAGUAAACGACCAACGUGGAAGGAUGAUCGUCGAGUGGGCCAGCAGACUUGGCCUGAUUUGCCUAAAUCAAGGGGGCCGUAGCACAUGUGUUAGAAGCACAGGAGAAUCAAUUGUGGACUUAACUUUUGCAAACCCUGUGGCGGCUCAGAGAGUGAGAUCGUGGAUAGUAUCGGACGGGGAGAGUAAAUCAAACCACAAAUAUAUAGAGAUGACAAUCUCUAAUACGGUACUACAUAACAGAAGACUGAGAGCCCCGCACCCGAGAAGAUGGGCAAUUAAAAAGAUGGAGGAGGACCUAUUCACGACUGCGAUUCUGGUGAGUGACUGGCCGAAGACGAUACAGACGGAGGAAGUUACGAGUGAGGAAAUAGAAGAACAGGCGGAAAAGCUACAAAGAACUCUCACAGAGGCUUCCGAUGUGGCGAUGCCAAGGUCAGUUCCUAAGCCACGAAAAGCGAUGCCAUGGUGGAAUGAGGAGCUGGAUACUCUCAGAUCCAAUUUAACAAUGAAUUCAGACAAGCUAGAGACUCUAGGGAAGGCGAUCAGAAAAGCCAAAGCGAAAUCUUGGGAGGAAUUUGUGAGGUCCUUGAAUGAAGAUCCAUGGGGCAGACCCUACAAAGUAGUCUUAGGGAAAUUAAGGAGAUGGACGCCUCCAUAUACUGAGUCCAUGGAUAGAGAAACUCUGGAUAGGGUAUUAACAGGGCUGUUCCCACCAGGAGAAUCAGACGAAUGGAUUGAACCACAAUUACCAAUGGAAGGAGUAUCCUCAUGGUCCGCAGAGCUAGAAGUCUCUCAUGAAGAGAUAAUGCUGGCCAUUAAAAGAAUGAUGGAGAAAAACGCGGCUCCGGGACCUAGCGGAAUACCAGCCAAAGCAUGA